GGGUUGACAGUAAACAAAGUAGCAGAGAGAGCAGCCGGAGUACCCCGUCCCAGGGUAGUCGUGAAAUGGUGCCCUCUCCAGCGAAGCCCCCAAGAAAAAAUGACCUGAAGCCACCCCAAUCUACGACCAUCCGUAUCAACUUCGGGGAUUUCUACCCCGACGGUGGCUGGGGAUGGGUUAUAUGUGCCGCUGCUGGACUUGUGUAUGUUUUGUGCCAUGGGUUCCACUUUAGUUACGGAGCUCUUUACCUGAUCAUCAUGAAAGAAUUCAAAGCGGAGCUGGCUGAUGCAGUUUGGCUGGGUAGCUUGGGUCUCAGCGUCACCCUCCUACUCUCACCCGUCAUCACAACGAUCUGCCGGCGGAAGAGCCCUCGCUUGUACGCCGUCAUCGGCGGGCUCAUCUCCUCCCUCGGGUGCCUUUUUCUCGCGUUCUCCACCCAGGUGGAGCAGCUGUUCAUCAGCCAUGGGGUUGUCUUUUCCCUGGGCACAGGCAUCACCGUGUCUACGGCUAACAUGAUGAUCGGUCGCUAUUUCAAGGAGAGGCGAGAGCUGGCGGAAGUCAUCGUCCUGUCUGGCACGGGGUUAGGCGCGGCCGUCAUGUCUGUGCUUUUCUCCAAACUCUACAAGACCCUAAGCUGGAUGCAUGGCUUACAGUGUGUGGGUUUGCUAGUGUUGACCAUCCUGGCCGGGUCUUUGUAUCGUCCAGCAUCUCUCUAUCACCCCCGGAGGAAAGUCAUUCUGCACAUCAAGAGCCAGAAGAGAACACGUCGAGAUAGAAACGCUGACAAACCGCCAUACUUCGACUUUAGCGCUCUGCGCAUGCGCUCCGUUCAAAUGCUGAUGGUGAUAACGUCAUUAAUAGCCCUAGGAAUUCACGUCCCGGUCAUUCUGCUGGUAGGUAUUAUCAACUACGACUUCGCCAACAACGACGCUCUGAUACUUCUGAACGUGUACAUGGGGAUAGGCCUUAUGAUCGGCUGCUGCACCCACGGCUACAUCAUCAUCCGCAACAACAACAAGUGUAUCAUCUCCCGCCGCUACCUCUGCCAGUCGGCCUCCUUGAGCUGCGGCGUCCUCUGCCUACUUCUCACAAUGGCGCACGACUACAAUGCAUUCGCCUUGUUCGCGUGGGUGUUCGGCAUUUGUUACGGUGGCUACUGUUUCAGCCUGAAGAUGUACACGUACGAACUGGUGAAGACUAAGAUCAUGGAAAGAGCCUGGGGUUUUAUCUGCGCCGCACAGUGUUUGUCCAUUCUUGUUGGCACACCCAUCGCUGUGUACCUCAACGACAUCCGCACUCCGCCCUCCCCUACAACGGGCAAGGGUUACAUAUUCGCUGGCAUUUGCACGGUGACUGGCGGUCUUUUGUUUUUCGUCAUGUCCUUCGCUGAGACACAUCACUCUAACGCCGACGUCUUGCAGAAACACACGUGUACCUGUGACCAGCAAAUUGCCGAGGCUGCCGCCCUUUUGGACAUCACCGCCGAUGGCGUUAUCUCUAAACCGCUCAACAACGCCCAAUACGUUAUCUCACCGAUUCAGCUGAGGAAACCGCCGGUCCGCGACGCCAACAACAUGCAGCUUCAGUGUUAUCUCACUCAUAAGGAGAAGCAAAAACAGAGCGUCCUGUCCAAAAUCUCGGAGGAAAGAGAAAUGGGCCAGUGCGAUUUGAAAGAGGUACCCCAUGUCUCGACGCUAGACAAGGUUGCGGACUAUUUGAUGGGGCGAAAGGACCAAGAAGAUAAAGAUUUGAGUAACAGCAGCAGUGGCAUGGACCCGUGUCACCUGAUCUCUGAGAAUUCAUCAUCGUCGGACAAAAACAACAGACAAGAGAAACACCUGAACGAUCGUAAGGAGAAAGUGGUGAAAGUAGAACUGUUUGAUCCGCCGAGUCAGGAGAAGGAAUCCACAGCGACUGUGUCUUACGACAGCGACUUGUACAUCAACUUGUGUGAAGCUCAGGUGUGAUUCGGAUGAGUCUUGUGUAACAAAAAUGUAACAUCGAUCCAUCGAUUUAGGAGACACUCUGAAAGACAACCGUAGCCUGGUGGGUACAAGGCUGGCAUGAGGUCAGUGUUAUGACAACCUUUCCCCCCACGAAGUUCUCGUGUGUCUCUACUUUGUUCUUCAGAGCGAACCUAAGAAGUUAAAGGUGGUCAUGUUUUAGAGUACUGCUGACAGCGGAGUUUCUCCCAUUGACUAUUCUUAUUAUCAAAUGGUCAGAGCUGGUGAUCAGUGAAUAGGCCGCUGGGACACAGUCAUGUAUUUGUACCACAUGUCUCAUAUGGUGACAACCCUAUAACAUGUAAACAUUGAGAACUUUCAUUCAUAAGAUCGUAGAAUGAAAUGGUACAUUAUUCACAACACGUAAGCAAGUUUUUCGUAACACCAUUAACAGAAAAGCGUACCAUUUUCAAACCACCAAAAACGAGUUGUGUGUCUACGGUAUGGAAUAUUUCCUCGAAACUAUAAUCAGCGAGUAGCACCAAGUUCGCAAUGCGUAAACAUUAAAUGGUGCCAUGUCUACAAUACAUAAACAGCGAGUGGCACCAUGCUCACGAUACGUAAACAUUAAGUGGUGCCAUGUCGACAAUACAUAAACAGCGAGUGGCACCAUAUUCACGAUACGUAAACCUUAAGUGGUGCCAUGUCGGCAAUACAUAAACAGCAAGUGGCACCAGGGUCACAAUACGUAAACAUUAAGUGGUGCCAUGUCGGCAAUACAUAAAAAGCAAGUGGCACCAGGGUCACAAUGCGUAAACAUUAAGUGAUGCAUGUCGACAAUACAUAAACAGCGAGUGGCACCAUGUUCACAAUGCGUAAACAUUAAGCGGUGCCAUUUCGACAAUACAUAAACAGCGAGUGGCACCAUGUUCACAAUGCGUAAACAUUAAGUGGUGCCAUGUCGACAACACAUA